AUGCAAUAGCUCGAAGACAUGUGGAGUCAAUGCCGAGAAGAGGAAAGGGAAAUGUAGAUGUAAGAAGGGCUACUCUGGGAGCCAUACGGGCAGAUGCGAAGCGUCAUGUACGUGUUCUGCAUCCGGUGAUCCACAUUACAAGACUUACGACAACAUGAUGAUUCAUUUUAUGGGAACCUGUAUGUACACUCUCACUAAGUCCACUAUCAUGGGCGACCCAUGUGCAUUUAAUGUGGAGGUGAAGAACGAGCAUCGGAAAGGGAAAACCCACGUAGCAUAUAGUCGAAUGGCGUUUGUUGAAAUCCUCAAUAAAAGAAUAGAAAUUCUUCCUAGCAGAGCUGUUAAGAUAGACGGUGUUCGGAUUUAUUUACCUUACUCCAAGGGUGGUAUAUCUCUCGGAAUAAGUGGUCGGCACGUGCAACUGACAACAGAAUGUAAUGUCAAGGUUCAGUGGGACGGUAGAUCCAACAUUAAGGUCACUGUGCCGAAGGUAUAUGACAGUCAGAUGACGGGAUUGUGUGGUGAUUGUAACGGUAAACAAGAUGACUACCAAACAAAGGAAGGCAAAGAUGUCUCCGGGGAAAAAAAUAAGUUCGUGCUGAUCGGAAACAGCUACACGGUCGCGGAUGUGUCUGAUGAUCCUGCUAAAGUUUGUAAGCCUGAUAACGAUCAAUUUGAAAAAUGUAACAAGGACAACUUACCGCUCGCAUCUCAGUAUUGUGGUAUUCUGAAGGCAUUAGACGGACCAUUUGGGAAAGUGUUGCAGAUGAAGGAUGAACAAUUCCAAUUGUUGGCUGACGAAACAUUUGAUUCUUGUUUAAUUGAUGUGUGCGCAAAUGUUAAAAACCCAAAGGAAGCUGCCUGUUCAUCUAUUGAGGCUUUUGCUACUUAUUUGGAAGACUCCAACUUUAUUGUAGACUGGAGAACCCAAGAUUUAUGCCCAUUGACGUGCGACGAGAAUAUGGUGCCUAGUAUCGCAGCAGAAGCGUGUCCAGAAAAUUGCGUAGAAGAUACCAACAUGCCCGACUAUAUGUGUGAAAUGCCAGUGACUGAAGGCUGUGUGUGCAGGGAGGGAUUCGUCCUCAGUGACACACAAUGCGUUAAGCGUGAAGAUUGUGGUUGUUCACAUAAGGGACAAUACUACAAGAUAGACGAUGAACAUGUGUCCGACGACUGUAAAGAUGUGUACAGGUGUCAACGGAAUGAAACAUCCACAAUGAAUAUUGUAGCUCAACUUGAUGGUUGCAGCAAAGAUGCCGAAUGUGUUAUAAAUGAUGGCCUCAGGCAAUGUGUGUGCAAUCCAGGUUACGGGGGUAACGGAAAAUACUGCACAAAAAUCCCACCUCCCUAUGUUUGUCCAAGUGGUGCCAUGGAGGAGACCGUCAACUGUGAAAAAGGAACCUGUGCUAUUGGAGAUGGACAUACAAAAGUUCUAAACGUAGCUCCAGUAAUGGAAAGCGGCAAAGAAGAAUGUUAUAAAACUGAAUGGUUCGAAGUUUCAAGGAGCAGUAUUACUAUUUUACAACCUGGUUGUGAUAGCGAGUUUGUAGUAUGUUAUCAACAAACAAGCUUCGUUUGUCCGAUUGGUUUAAUGAGUGAAACAAUUACAUGCGAAAAAGGAAACUGUUUAGUCAGUGAUGGCUAUGUCAAAUUGAUAGACGCUUAUGCGGUAAUUACUGGGGAAAAGAAAUCGUGUUUUGAGUCAACUUGGUAUCAAUUGGAAGCGAACAGUAUAACCAUAACUCAACCAGGUUGUGGUAGUGUGUUUCAAGUGUGUUAUGAACAGAAGAUAGAAGUUAAAUUAUCUACUAUCCAGCCAAUCGAGUGUUCCUCAACACAGGUAAUAGGGUGUAGUGGAAAGAUCGGAGAGAAAGUUUAUUGUCCCAUGAAGGGAAAGGGUCGAAUCUUAAAAGUUGAUAUCCCAGACAGUUGGUCUCGAAGUGACAGCAGUAAACCGUGUGAUAAGUCUAUGGUAGAUUUCAACGACAAAGGCAUCUGGCUGAGCGAUGACUGCCUUGCAGCUGAUGCGGAGGCUUGUAUCGGGAAAGCUGUCUGUAGAUCUCCGUGUGGUUCAAACGCUGAAUGUGAGGAUGGAAACUGCAAAUGUAAAGAAGGAAUGCAAGGUGAUCCAUACAAAGAAUGCUUCAAAAUGUGCUCAUGUAGAGCGUAUGGCACUCUACAUUAUCGACAGUUUGAUGGAGAAAAUUUGGAUUUCGGUGGUGCAUGCACCUACGUUUUGUCUCAACUAGAGGAUCAAACAAAACAGUGUUCUUACAUUGUUGAAGUCACCAACAAGGAACUUCAAGGGCAGAAAAAAGGCGUCGUCACUAACUCCGUGACCGUGCAAAUAUAUGGACAAAAAAUUGAUCUUUUCAAGAAGCAAAAGGUCAAGGUCGACAACCAGUCUGUAACACUUCCAUACCGUACCCCAUCUGGGAAAAUUGACAUUGUAAAAAGAGGCAGUACCGUGAAUGUAAUAGCAUCUGAGUGUAACAUCAUUGUGUCGUAUAACGGACGCAGGAAUACUGUCGUCAGAGUUCCUAAAACCAAAGCAGACACUGCAACAGGAAUAUGCGGAAACUGCAACAGUGAGCGAAACGAUGACUAUAUUGUACAAAAUAGCGUAGAAAUUCCCAGUGGUGACCCGAAUCGUGCUACAACUUUCAUCACUGAAUACUUGGUAAAAGACUCCGGAGACAAUUUGAACAAUGCUAAGUGUUUGAAACCAGUUCAACAGCCGAUUUGUCCAUCUGGAAUUCAAAUGAUCCUCAAGCGAUUGGCUUGCAAUAUGGUGGAUGUAUCCAGCCUCAGGUCUUUAGCAACAAGUCCGUUUUCUACAUGCAUGAAAUUUAAUGCAGCAGAGGCAACAGCUAUCUCAAAUGCAUGUCUCAAUGAUGCUUGCAUGCUCUUUAAGGACAUAAAGAAAUUGAAAAGUGCUGCUUGUGCUGUCUAUGAGAACUAUGCAGCACUUUGCAGAGAAGAGUAUGGUAUUUCCGUGACUGGCUGGAGGUUCAGGACAAACUGUCGUAUAAAGUGUGGGGAUAACAUGGAAUACACGGAUUCAGCAACGGGCUGUCAGCCUACUUGUGGCCCCCCGCCGCCUGCUGAAAUGUGUACGUUGCCGUACGAGGGAUGUGUCUGUAAGAUGGGAUAUCUAUUAAGUGGCGACAAAUGUGUAAAAGAAUCAGAGUGCGGUUGUGUCACACCUCUUGGCAAACACAUGCAAAUUGGCGAUCAGUUAACUGAAGACUGUGAUGGAUCUUACGAAUGCAUAGACGAUAAUGGAAUCCCUUCAGUAAAGUAUAUACGUAAAGGUUCUGGCUGCUUUGAGAAUGCAAAAUGUGUGAAGGUCGAGGGUAACUUCAAGUGUCGGUGCAAUGAGGGUUUCAAUGGUGAUGGUAUCACGUCAUGUGACGAACUACUUCCAGUUGUUAACGAGGAAGAAGAAGGUUUACUAGAACCGACGGUGGGUCCUUUGGCAAUCCCAGUUGAUGAUAUCAACGAAUGUUCUACGGGACAACAUACCUGUUCACAAUUUGCUGAUUGCAUCAACGAGGUUCCUGAAUUUUCCGGAACUUGCAAAAACUGGGGGAAAACGACCCAUAUAAGUUAG